ACACACAUUGAGGCGAAGAAGUUCAAACGAGCCGCAAGUAAGCCCUCCAUUCAUCUACUGCAAGGAUGAUGUCUCGAAGGCGUGUUGGAAUUGUGGGCUUUGGAAGCCUGGGCCAAAGCAUUUACAAUGCAAUUCAACAUGAGCCAUCUCUGGAGAUCGUUUUUGUGUGGAAUAGGACUAAGGAAGUUCUUGCACCACUGGGUUCCUUAGCCCUUGAUGACCUGAAGGAUGUCAAGGAAAGGUCACCAGAUCUAAUUGUUGAGGUGGCUCAUCCCUCAAUCACUGUUCAAUAUGGGACGUUGUUCCUGUCCACGUGCGACUACAUGAUCGGCUCUCCCACCGCGUUGGCUGACUACCACCUGGAGAGCUGCCUGCUGGAUGUGGCGCUGACCUCCAACCACACCAUCUACAUCCCCUCUGGUGCCUUCUGGGGCGGCGAGGAUAUCAAGAAGAUGGCUGACCUCGGGAUUCUGCAGGGUCUGCGCGUGACCAUGCGGAAGCAUCCGGCCGCCUUCCGACUGUCUGGCCGGCUGGCCGAGCUGGCGGCCACGGCCACCGAGUCGGCUGUCACCCUGUACGAGGGCCCCGUGCGCGAGCUGUGCCCGCAGGCGCCGCACAACGUCAACACCAUGGCGGCGGCGGCGCUGGCGGCGCACAACCUCGGCUUCGACGGCGUCAUCGGCCGGCUGAUCGCCGACCCCAGCCUGCCAGACCGACACCUGGUGGAGACGGAGGUGACCGGUCCAGGCGAGCCCGGCGCGCAGUUCACGGUCCACACGGUGCGCACCAACCCGGCCCAGGUGGGCGCAGUCACCGGCAGCGCCACGUUCGCCGCCUUCCACGCCAGCGUGCGCCGCGCGCACGACCGCGGCCCUGGCCUGCACCUCUGCUGAGCGCACGACGGACGGCGAGACGACGCAGCGCCCACCGAGGCCCGGCCGCCAGCCGCUGGCGGCGCCGCGGAGGCGUGUACUGAGUGGUGCCUAUUAACCUCUGAGACAUGGGUGCUUAUUAACCCACAGCGCUCAGCCAGACAGUCGGUGGGCGAUGGUGAUUUUUUAGCGGGUUUUCUUUUGCGAGCUGUGACCCCCUCUCACGGUUUUUGGCGUCCAACACAUGUGAAUACUCAUAGUACAUUGAAGUACAAUUGGCGCAGUGGUCAAGUUACAACAGAAACUGCGACGAGGAACGUUUCGUACAAGGUUUUGGCAAUAAAGUAAUCGUCCGUCCCUAGAGCAGAGACACAAGCACUGGUCAAGAGACAAUCUGACCAGUUUGCAUGUUUGAUGUGGCCGUCUGCAAGGUCGCUGUACAGUCGCCGAUCCUUUAACAACAAUUUCCGCAUAUAUUUUAUCAAUCGCCCACCGUGAUGAGGAAUGUUCGAUGUGUGGAGUUUUGCACCGGGCCGAUACAUGCUACCCUAGGCGCGCUACUAACUCCGAGGGGUGGGCCCAGCCUCGAUGCUUUAGUGGCAAAGCGUAGAAGCAUGAACACAAAUGGUGACUAAAGGGCAGGUCAUGGAAGCAAGACGUUGGUUCAUAUAUUUCAUGCAACUCCCAUGCGUCCAUGUAGGGUGUCUUAGGUCUUCCUCGGCAAGCAGUGUACGCAUAUAGUGCUGCAGCAUGGCUGUAAAACGAAAGCUUCCAUUCCAGUCGUUGGUGAAAUAUGUGGCGCUGUGGAUGACCGUGUUAGUGGCGUUCGCGGCAGAGUUCGCCUGCUUUGGCUGUCCGCGAGAUUAGAGAUUAUACAAACAAUACUCAAGGAAGGGAUUUUUUAGAUGUUUUUUCGACAGACCCUUUUCAAGGUGAUAAGUAUCAUGUUAUAAUGUCGAUCAAAGUACCAUUUUCAUCGUGCGAACGUGAUGUUGGUGAUCCUGAAAGGCUCUCAUGAGGACGUGUCACAUGGACAUUCCUGAAAACUGUCAUGUGAUCGGAAUGGAAGCCGUCUGUUUUAUCUUCAGAUCAGAGUCUCACUUUUCCACUCAGUGAGGCUUACGCUGGCUUGGUUCCCCGUGUGUCCUGGGAUGUGCAGUGUGCGUGAUUUGUACCCAUAAACAUAUAACAACUA